UCGAGAAUGAUCAUGAAUGUGUGUUAAAAUUUUCUCCUUCCUGGGCAACAAACUGUAUUAUAACCUAAAAGGUGUUUCUUUAUAAACAGUGGUUAGAUUCGUCGAAACUGAUGUUGAUAGUUCUUGUUUUCAGUCGGUACGUGUGUCUGCUGGUUGUUCUUAUCACCAUCAAUGGUAACACACAAAGUAAAGGGGACUGUGCCAAUGAUGGCCGAAACGACAAAGAGGAAUGCUGUACAAAUUAUUAUAUGGUCGAGGGAAUCUGCAGAGCCUGCCCUCCAGGAUACUUUGGAGAGCAUUGUGCCAUCGCUUGUCCUUAUCCUUCCUUUGGAGUUACCUGUGGAGACGAGUGUAAAUGUAAAAGAUCUGACUGCAACCAUGAGGUGGGAUGUUUGAGCAAUGGGAUUGUCACAGACGUUUCAGCAUUACAAACAAGUUCAAGUGUACUCAAGUAUAUUUCUGAUAUCGAAUACAGUACAAGCAAUGUUUGGAACAGAUUUAUAACAACAAAUCACGAAUCUGCUUCGAACAGUCCGUUAGAAAACACAUUAUCUACCAUAGUAAUCUUUAUAGUAGGAGGAAUUCUAGCCUUUUUUCUACUUAUAAUCAUCGUCAAUCAAAUCCAUGGAAAAGUGAGCAGAAUGAAGAAAGAAAGGGUGUCUAGAGACUCAAAUAAUCAACAAUCAGGUGGACGUCAUAGUGAAGAAUACUGUGUUAUUGAUGAAAGUCAACUCACUGGUUCACGAUAUCAACACAUAGAAACAAAUAAUUCCUCACAGAUUGAAAAUAAGAGUGAUGAAGGAGACAUUACUGAAAAAUCUCCGGAUCAGCCAUUGCUUCCAACCAGACCUCUCACAAACCCCACCAUGCUUUCCUCCCAGGUCGAGGUGUUCCUCGAUUAUUAUGGUACAGCACAUGGCAAUUCCAUCAGCAGCAAUCCAUCCAGCGAUGGAUCGUACGAGAAACCGGUAAACAAUGUCAGUAAUUACGCAAAAGUAAUUGACACAAAAGACGGAGAGAUUUUAGUCUUUUUAGACAAUAGCUCAGAAUCAUCAGUGAACCAGUCCUCAGACAUUCAGGACUUUAAACGUGAUUUACAUUCAUCAGAGCAUCCUGAAAAUGCACCAAUUGCAAGUCACUCUCAGCAAAACAUUUACCUGGACGUAAUUCAUAAAUGAUAAAUAAAAACUUUAUAACACAGAAAAAAAUGUACACUUUUUAACUUGAAUUUUCAAUGUUCACCAUGGAUUAAACAACUGAUAUGAAAUAUUUUACUUU